AUGGACAUGGUCUGGCCCGCUCCUUCGUCCUCGAUGCACCAUGUCCUGCGCCGGUCGCACUCGACCAGCGCCUUCGACCUCCUCUCCUGCGGCUCGUCGCUCGUCGACGUCGUGAGCCACGUCAAGCGCCUCCCGGCCGCCCACGCCACCAUCUUCAACUCGAAAAAGAUUGCGCCCCAGGAGAUUGUCACGGGCGGCGCGCUGCACCACUCGGCCUGGGUCCAAGUGCUCGGCGUCAACUCGAGCCUCUUGUCGCUGCAGGGCGCGGACAAGUACGGCGACAUGAUCCGCGAAACGAUGCGCAAGCACAACAUUAGCACCGACUACAUGGUCCAGAAAGAUGAGUUUGAGAGCUCCGUGAGCCAGACGUUUGUGAGCUCGACGGGCGACAAGUGCUCGAUCGUGUCGCCUGGCUCCAUGAUGGAGCUGCCCUCGAACGCCAUGAAGCUGUUCUUUUCCGAGCCGAUCCAGAAGGCCAAGGCCGUCUCGCUCGAGAUCAACCAAGUACCACUGGCCUCGGUGGAGGAGAUGCUGGACAUCGCGAUGGAUGCUGGCUCGAUGCGCUUUCUCGACGUGGCGCUCCUUCCGUCCGUCGCGAUCCAUGAAGCCGAGCUCGGGGACUGGGAGACCCUCGAGCGCUGCAUCGCCAAGAGCACGGUCGUUAAGGCGACGUUGGAAGCUGCGAAAGAGCUCACCAACGACCCGUCCGCGACCGCCGACGAGAUUGCGAUCCGCAUGCGCGAGAAGUUCCAGGUGCCGUUUGUGGCCAUCACGGACGGCGCGGCAGGCGCCGUCAUCGCGUACAAGCUCGGCGGCGGCAAGAGCUUCUCGGCCGUCAUUCCACUGCCGUCGAACCUCUCCUUGACGGACGCUGCGGGUGCCGAAGACGCCUUCUUCGGCGGCCUCAUCGCCGGCUUCCAUCACUGGGGGAUGCCCGACGACACGGACAGCGCCGUGCGCAUCGGCAAGCUCGCCGGUGCCACCCGGGCCGCGUGCUGCGAGACCCUCGGCGCGCUCCCGACGGACGAGUCGUUCUUCCGCGUUCAAAAGUUCAUUCCGCUGGCGUUCCAUCCGGUCCCGAAGCGCCUCUCGGCGGACCAGGAGACGGUGCUGCGCGCAAUCGAAGGCCCGAACGCGUCGCUGACGCGCGAUAUCGACGCGCUCCUGCACAUGCGCCGGCUCUUCACGAACCUCGAGUACGCGGCGCAGUUCCAAGCCUUCGUGUCGCGCAUCGUCCAGUGCUGCGAGAACCGCAACCGCGUGUACCUCAGCGGCAUCGGCAAGUCGGGCAUCGUCGCCCGGCGCUUCGCGUCCACGCUCGCGUCGCUCUCGGUGCCGUCGCAGUGGAUCCACGGCAGCGAGUGGACGCACGGCGAGCUCGGCAACUUGUACCCGGGCGACGUAGUCAUCCUCAUCUCCAACAGCGGCAAGACGCCCGAGCUCCUGCACUUGCCCGACGUCUUUCGCGAGUUUGAGGUCGACGUGCUCUGCCUCGUCGGCAACGAAGACAGCCCACUCUUCAAGGCCAGCGACUUCCCGAUCUAUACGCCGGCCGAGGAUUGGCUCUUUGACAGCGUCCCGACGCGGAGCAUUGUGACGCAAGAGUCGGUCUGCAACGCAGUCGCCGAGUCGGUGGUUGCGCUCACCGGCAUCAAGCGCUGCACGUUCAAGAAGAACCACCCUGGCGGCAACAUUGGCAAGGCGUUCACGCGGACGCGGACGCUCUCGACGUGA